AGAUAAUGUCACGCUUUAAAACUAUUGAACGUUUCUUGCACGUUAUUGCUUUGGGGGGGGAAACAUCUGUUUCUGUCUUUUGUGUCAUAGUAAGUACAGAAGGGGGGGGGGGGAUAUUUUGAGCAGACUGGUCAUUGAAAGUAAAUUAAGAAAUAAAAAUGGAGCUCACUGGAAGCAGUUAUAAAGGGCCUACUCUAAAUGGCAGGAUGGAAGGAGAAGGGGAGUACACCUUCCCAUCUGAGACCAAGUACAUCGGGGAGAUGAAAGAUGGGAUGUUCCAUGGUGCAGGGGUGCUCCACUUUCCAAAUGGAAGCAAAUAUGAGGCCACCUGGGAGAACGGCAUUGCCACGCAGGGAUCAUUCACCUUUACUGAUGGGCUGCCGUACCAAGAGAAGGAAUGGGAUUACUGCGAUGGCAACGAUAGACGCUUCUACACCGAGAGAUGCAAUGGCCUUCGACCAGCAGGUGAAUCCCAGCUUACUGAUCUGCACCCCCCACGAGAAAUUCCUGAAGGCUGCUAUGAUUGUGGAGAUGGUUUUUAUGACCCCGCUACUAGAACUAUCACUUCCUAUGAUGGGACUUUCCUCAGGGAGGCUGAUGACUCGGAACACGAGUGGAUACUGCGAACCUGUCGAGUGGCAGACGAUACGAUUUCCGACAUCUUCCAAGAAGAGGCUUCCUGUGUGGACCUGAACGAAGCCGAGUCAAUUGUUGAUACAUAAUACUGUAAUGUUUGCAAUAGUAAAGCACGUUUAUUUUUGGGUCCCUCAGUUCAAUAAAUAAUACAUUGAAUGGAAAACUGAUCAA